AUGUUCUCCAAGAAGCGCAAACAGCAGGACCUGGCCACCCAGAAGGGGUUAGGGAUUGCCGUUCAACCACCACCGCAAUCGCAACAGAAGCAGGCGCAAUCACGACCGACCCCUCCAGCGCAACCUCUACCGCCAGCACCGCAUACCAGGACGACUUCGAGUGGGAGUGGGAAGCCAUUGGUCAGUCCGCUGCAGAUGACGUUUGACUUCGAACUGCCCCCGAGUCCUGCAUUGUCGACACAGAGUCCGUAUAAAUCGAGUCUGGAGGGUGAAGGAGAGCUGCGGCCAAAGACGAGUGAUGGGACAUUGAACAGGAAGACGGGCAUGAGUCUGGCUCCUCCGAUGCUGCCGCCCAUAAGAAGAGUGGCGAGCAAGGAGAGUUCGCUGGCGAGUGAAGGAGGGGUGGAGCUGGAAGGGUCGACACCACCACGACCUCCAAGCAGUGGGAGUGCGAGAGAGGUGCAGAAGAAGAAGAGUGCGUCUUCGAUAGGACAUCCACCUCCACUGCCUCCUCCACCGCCGGAGCCGCCAAGCUUUGCCAGAUUCGACAGCGAUAAUGUGUCUACAUCCAGCAGCAAGAGCAGACGGAAGAGCAGGAUCAAGUCUUUCUUCGGCUUUGAGCCGCCGCCGGAUCUUUCGUCCAUAUCAAGACCUUCGAGCUCGUCGGGUACACCGAGAAUGACGCCACGGCAGGUCUCGACGGGAGGAGAGACAACGUCUCGUCCGGCAACCAGUGGAGGCGAUUCGACUCCGAUAAAGAUGGAGUCUUCUCUGUUCCCGUCGAGAGAGCCACCACCACCAGCACUGCCAUCCUUCGACACAGGUACGCCGGCGAUGACGAGGGCAUGGAUAGACGCAAGGGAUAAACCGUAUGGUCCGCCCUCGGCUGCACCUCCACGACCGCCUCCAUUACAGCCAGCGCAGAGCUCGCCAGAUUUGUCUGUCAAAGCUCGCUCGCCUUCGGCAAAGACGAACUUCAGCAAGCGGAGUCCGUUGGUGACCGCGGAGUCGCCUGCCUCGGGUACAGCUUCCCGGCAGAGUCCGCAGACGUAUUUCUCAUCAUCACCUGCUGGAAAUACAGUCCAGCGGCUGCCUUCUCAUGCACCGACGAACUAUUCCGGCUCAACGGCGAGGAGUACCAUGUCUUCCAAGUCUACGGCUGCCACAGACAACGGUCCUAUCCAGACGGUAGGAACACCUUAUCAAGAAACAUCGCCUUCCUUUCCUCUCCCCCAACACGGCACUACACGACCAAAGACAGCUGGGCAUAGCCACACCCCCUCAUCCAUCGGCGGCGUCAACAUCCCCACCCACCACUCCUCCGCCCUCCCGCGAAGCGCCGACUCCACCCCCAAACCCACCGACCCCCCACCAAAAUCCUCCGAAAAGGCAGAAAAGCGCAAAACCCGCCUCCUCAACCCCCUCGCCCUCCUCUCCCGCCGCCGCAGCGCCCAAGACGACUCCUCCAACCCCACCACCAGCGCGGCGGAGAAAGCCGCCCAGGCCGCCGCCCUCGCCCGCCAACGCCACGUCGCCGCCACGGGAAGCAUUUCACGCAUACCGGACGACUACGACCCGCGGAUCCGCGGCGCGGGGGUGCAUGAUUUUUCAAGACCGAGGGAUCAGAAGUUCAUGAGGGGUUUUAGCUAUAAUGACGCCGAGUACUUGGCUUUUCAGCGGGAGGAGGAGAGGGAGAGGAUGGAGGAGAGCUUGGGGGUGGGGAGGCUUGUGGCUGGUGAGGCGGAGGAGGGGGAGGAGGCACUGCUGCAGAGGGGGCCGAAGUUGACGUUUGCGCAUCAGUCGUUUUUGGCGUCGCCGGUGGGCUCGCCUUCCAACUCGACUUUCCCAGCUACCACAACGCAGAGGCAGAGCGCGCGCUCGCCGAACCACAACCCCAGCACCUCCCAGACCAGCUCCAAGCGCACGACGGGUUUCUUCCAGGAACACCUCAACGACACCUCAGGACCCGCUGACUCCGCUUCUGCGGUAGGAGGCAGAGUGCAGGCCGAGCGGUUGGAGAAUAAGGAUUUCCUCCAACGCGCUUCGUUCUUGUCUCAACAGAGCGGCGUUAGCAGUAACGAGAGUGGUGUGCUGCCGGUUUUUGCGCGGCGGAGCGGCGUUGUUCCGGAAGAUGGAAGGGGCUAUGGACAGCGGUUCUCCGGGGGCGAAGCGUCCGAGGGGGAGGGAGUCAGUCCCGUCACCUCUGCCCUCGCCGAUGUGCGUCUGAGCCAGAACAUCAGCCCUGUGUCGCCUUCGACCUCGGAUCCACGCAUCUCUUCCGCGUCCGCGCAGCCCUCGUCUUCCGACCGCAGCAGCGCCAUGUCUGAGCUGCAGCAGCGGAGGAAAUCCAGGGUGAAGAGCGGGAAUAGCAUCGGCAGCAGCCUCAGCGACACCUGGUCCACCGGACGGCCUUUCUCUUCUACCGAACAGGCGAUGCCGAAAUUCGCUUCUACGACGGAGACGGAGACGGAAACGCAGAGGGGUGGUCCGCCGAUUUCUAUCACUAUACCGUCCCAUCCCGCGCCUGCGCCUGCGCCGGUGAGGGAACCGCCUGAGAUCCCUGCCCGUGGGACUUCUGCCGCUGCCGCUGCGAGUUUGGGGACGGGAGCAGGAGCGGGCGCAAGGGCAAGCAGUCCCCUUUCCACGAUCAAUUCCCCCUCCACCUCAGCGCCGGACAUGGACUUACCCUCCGACGCCCCGACGCCGGAGCCGAUGGUGGCGGAGGGCGUGCGCUUUUCCACUGCGCAACCCGGCGCUGGGGCGAGGCUGGUGGAGAAACGCCGUUCCGCGGUCGGACAUGCGCGGCGGAGCGGGGGCGCUGCGCGGAGCGCUGGGAGCGGGAAGAGCGGUAAUGGCGGGGUGCCCAAGCACCAUGUGAGCAAUGCUUCGCGCUUCAGUUUCCAGCUCGGUAGUGCGGAGGAGGAGAGGGCGUUGGAGGCUAAGGCGCGGGAGGUGAGGGAGCGGAUGGGUAUACAGGCUGCUGCUCCUCAGAACGGUCGAGGUGGGCAAGGGGCUGGACAGGGUGAUGAUGGGAGUGAGGAGGAUUUCGAUGAAGACGCUAUGGAUGAUUUGGACGAGAUGGAGAUGAUGGGGUUGAAUGAUCGGGACUCUGAGGACGAGGACCGGGGGGUGGGGGAUGCGGUGAACCACGCAAGUCAGAGGCCGGUGUCGACGGCCCCGAGUGCCAUGAUCCCGCCGUCCGUUACGGAAAGUAAACGAAAAGACCGAGCGAGCGUGGCGAACUUUCUCUACCGCCCUGCCAGUGCCGCCACCACGCCAUCCUCCACUAAACCUACCAAGCCUGGACAUGGACAUGGACAUGAGAAUAGGACGUCCACCACUUUGCAGAUGAUGGUUAAUGAUCGCGAAGACGGGGAUAGUGAAGAGGAGGAUGAAGAGGAAGAGCCGUAUUGGAUGCAUGAGGAUUUCUUGGGGUAUGAGGACGGCGGCGCCGAAGGCGAGCGACGGCCUUCGAUGGCCAACACAGCUUCUCCGAUGAGUCCAAGGGCAGGCGGGUUUUAUAUGCAACCGAAAGCUGCUGCUGGAGCACAUUCACUGUCUUCGCAAGAUAUGGCGCCGGCUUCUACGCAGAGCCAGGAGAGAAGCAGGGACAGUGGUGGAAGUGGGGCGAGGGCGAUCGACCUCCCCUUCGCUACGACAACUAUUGAUGCGGAUGGCCGCAUGACGCACCAGAGCCAGCAAAGGUCCAGCGGCGGGAGUAGCAGCAACGCCAUUUCCCUUCCCUUCGCCACCACGAUGAUUGACGCCAACGGCCGCAUGACACAUACACAGACGCGUUCGCAGCACACGCCUGCCAUGUCGUCCAGUACUUUCGGCGAGAACAGCUCCUCUUCCGCUUCGGACAGGAGGACGUUGAGCGCGGGGCUAGGACUGAGUGGAUUCAGUGAUUUCAGGUUCGGGGAUUCUGCGUCGAGUUCACGGCCGGGGAGUAUGGGACUGCAGGGACCUCUGCGCGACUCUGCUGUUGCUGGACCUCCGAGGGCCAAGGAGGAGGGAGGCGAGAGGAAGGAGAACAGAAGGACGAGGGAUUCCGAAACCAUACCCUAUGAUGUGGAUUGGACGGCUGAAGAGAGCGCGAAGGCUUCCCCGGCGAUUGCUACUCGUGGUAUUGGGGGUUGGGACCGGGAGUGGAGACGGCGGGACUCCUCUCCCCUGGUCAACGUUGCUGGAGCAAAACCUGGCGCCGCUGGGAAGGGUGAGAGAGCGAUGGACGAUGAUGAUAUGUACUUUGACGAUGGGGGCUUUGGGGAGGAUGUUGAUGCAGCUUCUUCGCCCGCUGUGGGUGGUGGUGCUGGGAGGAAUGGGGUAAGAACGGCGGAUGGGAAGGUGGUGGGGGAGGAGAGGUUUGAUGAUGACGAUUUCCUCGCCCGCAACAACAACAACACCGCCUCUCGGCCGACUAGCAAUGGCAUCCCGCACACCUCGCCGCCGCCGCCGCCGCCUCCGGCUUUCAACCCAUUACUACAACCAACCCACCACCAGCAGCACGCCACAAGUCUCGGCUCCGAUGGACCCUACCCCUCCUUCGCCAUGCCCAACCCUCUCAGAGCGCGCGAACGAGACUCCCGCCUUUUACUCGAAGACCUUCCCCUGCACGCCGGCCCCGGACCCGUCGAUCCUAGUCUCCUCCCACGCAGAAAUCCGAGCGAGGACGCCAAGAGGUUGGGACUGAGUAGCAGGGCGCCUCCGCUGCCUGCGCAGCAGGAUUUGGGGGGCGAGGCGCAGCGGGUGCAGGAGCGGUUGACGCGGUAUCAUGCUGCGUUGGCUGAGGCGGCGAAUCGGGCUGCUGCGGAGGGGAGGUUUGUGCGGGCGCCUAGUUCGGCGACGGAGAGUGUGAGGUCCCAUAUGGAGCUGGGGAGGAGUGAUUCUACGGGAGGAGAGGAAGAGGAGGAGGCAGCAGGAGGAGCUGCGCAGAUGGUCGAUGAGAAUACGACUGCAGGAGACAAGAGUCACGAUGUCGUGAGCGGUGGAGCGCCUUACAGCCUGCCUAAGCUGAGUUUUGACUUUGGCUUCGACACCAGCCGUUUCUCCGCCGGUGAGCUGGACUUCUCCACCGACGCUCUCCAGUCCAAUGGCGUUUCUAACAACGUCUACGCAAAUGCCAACGGCUACGACUCCACCAACGGCAUCCCCUGCAACUCCAGCACCGCUCCCAACGACGCCUACUCCAGCACCUACGACUCCACCUCCGCCAUCCCCAACGACGACCUCGACGACUCCUACGACGACUUCGACUACGAAGACGACGACAUCAUCUCUGCCGCCAACGCCUCCGCCCUCGCUUCCGAUGAUGCCGGUUUUUAUGGGCAGGAAUUCGGCUUCUUCGCCCGCUCCCGUCCGACUUCCAGGGGCAAAGCCUCGAAGAGUAAAUCCGGCGGCGGUAGGAACGUCCCCGCCGAACCACAAGCGAUUAAUGGCGGCUUUUUUGGAGCAGAGGGAGAUGAUGGGUUGGCGCGGCAGAAAAGUCUCCGUGAACCGAACCUCACACCCAUCACCGAACGCAGCGAAUUCUCAACCCGCAACUCCUUCGUAUUUGGCCCCGCGAGCGCGGGCGGCUGGGGCUCACACAGCGCGGCGCGCUUUCCACCCUUAUCCCCUGGACUCGUCGGGGUAGAGGGUGAGGGCGUGGUGACGAGUUUUGAAGAACUCCGUAGACUGCGAGGCGCGGCUUUUGCUGGUGGAGGGGGCGGGAGUCAGGGGAGCUUGAGGAGUGAGGGGCGCGGGAGCCAGGGUAGUUUGCAGGGGUAUUUUUCGGGGGUGGGUGGCGUGCCGAUGGCGGUGGGGUGGAGUCAGAGCUCGGAGGGCUCGCAAGGGCAGUUGGGGCAGAGUCCGCAUUCGGCUUCGAGCAGUGGACACUUGCCGUUUUCUGUGGCCGAGGAGGGGAGGGAGGGUGUGGAUGCUACGCCGAAGCGAGCUUCCGCAGCUACUAGUGGUGUUGGAAGUGGGCAGGAAGUGCAGAGCCCGACGACCGUCCGCAAAGCCUCCCACUCCAAUACCCUCGGCAGAGCAUACGGACAUUCAAGGAAUAGCAGCGGCGCGGACUCGGUUACGUACGUGCAAGAGCGGGAUCCGGAUGGUUCUGGGCCACCGCGCUGGGUGCUGGAGCGGAGGCGGACGAGUGAGAUGGGGGAGGUGGAGGUGGUGGGAAGGGAGGUUGUGCAGGGGGGAUGGAUAUGA